ACUAGGACUUUUGUUUUGGAAAGCCGCUGCCCAGCGGCCGCCAUUAUUCUUCCUGGCUUGACGCUCGGAAGAAAGACGGUUAAAUACUUUUAAACAUUAUAUUUCGGGGUAAACGACAAUACGUUUAGACCAUUUGCGCAGUCGGUUGGUAGUGUGAUGAAUUAGCGACACACUCACAGAAUGGAGAAGCGAUCCGAUACUAUAGGUGUUGGAGGUGGCCUUCCUCUGGGCUCCCUGCGCUUGAUGGCCUCCCCUCUGCAGCUGACCUACUCGUUCAUGUGGCAGGUCAUACGGCAGAGGAACGUCAAGCUGUACGGGAAAGUGGAGGAGUUUGUCACCAUGGUGACGCAGACCGUUCCUGAACUCAUGAGCUACAAGCAGACCGCACAGCUCGUCUUGGGGUUGAGAGCGAGGAUCAUUUUGGAUUUGCUUCACAAAGACGGCCUACCAGAUACUAAGGCUAUUCAGAUGCUCAUAAACAAGUUGAAAGUGUCUGCAUCUACGGGGAAGGACUCAGAAGUGGAGAAAUCUCAAACAAACUUCAUGGUGCUGGUCCAGAAUCUGCUGAAAAACCCCACAGAAAGGAAACGCUUCUUCCAGGAAGUGUUCCCUGUUCAGUAUGGCACAAAGUUCGAUACCGCGCUGCAGGCUCUGACUGCAGGUCUUGUGUGCAAGCUGGAGCAACUUCUUCCUGUUCCUAAUCUCUCCCAGCUUGGUACCAUGAUCUCAACAGAGCCCACUGUCCUGGAGGCAUGUGGAGGCUUCAUCCCUAACUCCAGCGACAUGAAGACUCUCCUCUUACACCAGCAGGCCAAGGGACUCCUUGGUGUUAAAGCAACCAUUUCAUCCUCAGUAGGCGACUGUGUGCUCUCUUCACUCGCCUUCCGUACCAAACCAGUAGAACCACCAGCACCACCAAAAUCACCAAAGCCAGUAGAGAUCACCCCCACUGAAACAAGCCCAGACCCCUUCAGUGAUACUGAAGACUUCGGAGUGAUGUCAGAUGACUCUGACAGCCCAGCAAUCCCUGCUACUGGACCACAGAGAAGAGGGCGGUACAGUCUUAAAACAGCUGAUAGCAGUGCUGUGAAAGAAAAGAGUAUCACAGCACCUGCUCAGACAGAGAAUUCAGCAAAGACUGGUAUACAAGAACAGUCUGCCACAGCUCUACAAAGCAGAGCAGAAGAUGGAGCACAAGCGGCUCCAGAAAAACCAGAAGGACAGCGGGAGCUGCCCUUGAAAUCAAUCCCUUUCAGGGUAGUUCAAAUGCCAGUCAAAAAUGCCUCCACCAUACAAAAUACAGGCAGCGCAGGAUCAAAAGACGGCCAAAAACCCCAUACUCAGCGAGUCACACUGCAUCAGUGGGUGUCACAGAUUGCCACCAAUUCGCUCUCUCUUCCAGCCCUGCCACCACUUCCUCCAGCCAGGUUCAGCUCAAGGGAUGACAUGAAGCCAAGCAUAAGGAAAAAGCAAGUUAGACCUCCAGCUGACAGAUUCACUUGCGGUGUGUGCGAUAAGACCUUCCCUUACCAGUCCAAGCUGAUGGAUCAUGAGCGCAUUCAUACGGGAGAAAAGCCAUUUAUUUGCACGGCAUGUAACAAAAGUUUCAGAACACAGGCGUUCCUCAACAACCACCUGAAGACCCACAGCACUGUGCGCCCUUACGCUUGUGGACAGUGCGGGAAAUGUUUCACCAAAUUGCAGACCUUGACGAAGCACAUGCUGGCCCACAGCGGCCAAAAGCCCUUCUACUGCGACAUCUGUAACAAGGGAUUCACACAGUCCACGUACUUCAAGAGACACAUGGAGUGCCACACGAGCCAGAUGACGUUCCCCUGCAAGCACUGCAGCAAAAGCUUCCCGACGGCUUUCAAGCUGUCGAACCACGAGCGCUGGCACACCAGAGAUCGUCCUCACAUGUGCGAGCGUUGCGGGAAGAGAUUCCUCGUCCCCAGCUUGUUGAAGAGACAUAUGGGCUACCACAUCGGUGAUCGCCAGUACCUCUGCUCCCAGUGCGGAAAGACCUUCGUCUACUUGUCUGACUUGAAGAGGCACCAGCAAGACCACAUACCCAAAGCAAAGAUCCCGUGCCCCGUCUGCCAAAAGAAGUUCUCUAGCAAGUACUGCCUGAGGGUUCACCUGAGGAUUCACACCAGGGAGAGACCCUAUCGGUGCUCCAUAUGCGAGAAGACCUUCACUCAAGUCGGGAAUCUCAAGGUCCACAUAAGGUUACACACUAACGAGCGGCCGUUCAGCUGCGAUGUGUGCGGCAAGACCUACAAGCUGGCGUCCCAUCUGAACGUCCACAAAAGGACUCACACGUGCAAGAAGCCCUGGACGUGUGACACAUGCGGGAAGGGAUUCUCCGUCCCCGGCCUCCUUAAGAAGCACGAGCAGCUGCAUACGAGGGAUGCUAACCCUGACUUCACCGGGAAACGGAGACACAGGGGGAAGCACAAGAAGCACUCCCUCAAGAGGAAGUAUGACGAGGAAGACGAGGGCAGCGAUGAUUAUUAAUCAGAGAAACACGUUUUGUAACAGCUGCUGAUGCUCUGUGUUUCUGGGUUGAGGCCGAUCACUUAAAAAGAUGAUUGUUUAGCGAGUAGCGAAAAUGCAUUUUGACUGGUGUCAGUUUUUUCUGAUCAUUGAAUUUUAAGGCUCCCAAUUUGAGUCAUAAUGGUCAUUUCCUGGUAAUUGUCCUUGCAAGCUGAUGUAACAAAUCAAAGGUAAAGAUGUUACCCCAAGCUGUCACAUUUUGAGAGACACAAGGGUGGAAAUCAGACUUUUUUGAUUUUUGGAUCUGUUAUGAAGUUAAUGGUAAGUAAUAGUUUUCAUUAAAAAAAAAAAAACCCUGUGAUGAUGGUUGUGCUUUUAAUGAUGCCAGCUGAAUAUCAUGUAAACAGUACAAUAGAGGUAUUUGAAUGCAUGUGACUGUAGAUAAUUUGCUGUGUAUCACUUGUAGUGUCACUAGGAAACCUUUUUUUUUUAUCUCUGACUAUUCUUGUGGAAAUUGUAGUGAUUCAUAACUACUUUUACCACACACUUUUUUAUGUAACCCUCACUGUACACAUUACUCUGCUUUUGUUUUUAGACUGAAAAUAGGCUGAUUUGUGUUUAUUAGGAUCCCCCUUUUUUAUACCAGCAAAAGUCUUGCUGUCUUUUUUCUUUAAUAGUGUUGAAUUAACACCAGAAAAAAUAUGAAAACAUCAUGGAAAUGUGUGAUGAGGUUGUGCUUAUCUCUUCCAUUACUGUUGUGAACAUUUAUGUAUAUAAACCAUUCAAUAAACAAACUGUUCUACGUAUGUGUUUGCCAUAAAAUAAAUACACAUUCCAGAGGA